AUGCAGAACUUAUCAGUGGCAGCUGAGAGCAGACAUUCUCUGGGACCGCUGGACGGUCAUGCAAGUAUCCAUCAAGCAGCAAGAGCUAAGGACCAUCAUAAUGCGAAUCGAAUACGUAACUCUCUGGUCUGCGAAGCUUGCUACAAGAGCAAGCUAAAGUGCGAGCCUGAUGCCUCCAACACGUCUUGUAAUCAAUGUACACGUCGUCGCAUUCCAUGCGAACUCACUUCCACAAAGGAGAAGCAGGAGCGUAGAAAAAGACGCCUGUAUGUAAAGGCUCUGAAAGAGCGCUUGGAGAGGACGGAGUCGCUGCUCAAAGCCGCUGGUCUCCUGAACGAGGAGAAGCUUACGCCUCCAGAAACCAGCAGCGAUGAUGAUGUGCCCCUCGAAGACGACGGAAUUGAAGCCGAAAGUGAGGAUGAUCUCUCGAGUACACUGCCGCAUAACCCGAGCGCGCAUACGGCUCGCAUGUCGAAGUCGGGUGCUCUGAGGGAUACCGAUCAGCAGUCGGAACUUAAGCCAUCUGGCAAGCUUUCCGUUACUGGGGAUAGCCAACAUGUUUCCUUAAUUCGAUGGGAUAAUAAGGCAGACUCCCUAUACUAUGGACGUUCUUCCUCCUUAUCCAUUUUAUCCAGAGAAGGGAUUGAGUGGAUCAAGCACAAGACCGGUGAAGUGAAAUUUCUUCGUAUGUUAGUCUCGGACACAAAGCACGAUAGUCCAUGGGACUAUUGGCGGCCCGAUGUGUUCCACGACGUCUUUGCCUCAAAGGUCUUCAAACCUCUUCCGCCCCGAGCAGAGGUAUUCUCCUUGUUACGCGAUUACUUUCGAACAAUCAAUCGCUUAUUCCCACUCUACCAUGAAGCAUCUUUUAUGAAAUUGGUGGAAUGGCAGUAUACACAGCAGACGUGCGAUGACGCUGCUCGGUGGGCCAGCAUCAAUGUCAUUCUCGCCUUGGCCUAUGAAUACAGAUACUCAAAUAGUCUGAAGUCGGAAAAGGACAAAGAAAAAGCAUGGCUCUAUUAUAAGAACGCCAUGUCGGUUUUCGCAGAACUGACGCUGCGCCGGACUGAUAUUCUAAGUGUACAAGCUCUUCUUGGCAUGGCGCUUUUCCUUCGCGGUAAUUCAGGCACUCAGUCAGCAAUGCCUCUAAUAACCGCAGCCAUCAGAGCGUGCCACCGACUGGGUCUCCACCGUGACACUCCGCGGCCUCACCUUGCCCCAGCGGAACGAGAGCAAAGAAAAAGGGUCUUCUGGAUCGCCUUCAUCCUGGAUCAAAGCACAUGUAUACGGACUGGAAAUGCGCCAACUCAACAUCCCGACGAUUUUGACGUCGACAUCCCUGCUGUUGAUCUCGAAAAUGAUCUCUUGCUAAGCGAUAACAAGCCAUUUUUCCAGCAACUUUGUCGAAUCACCAUCAUCAAGGGUCGUAUAUAUACGAAGCUUUAUUCUGAGAAAGCCUUGCAGAAUAAGACUGCGGCUGAGAUCAUCGAGAUAGUCAAAGAACUUCACGCUGAGCUCGGAGAAUGGAGGGCUGCGAACACUUUUGAUGAUCAGCUGAAACAGGGAGCGGCAGGCGAAGAUUUUCUGCGAGGAUUUGCGUCCGCUGGCAUGCAAUUUGUCUACUUCAACUCUUUGAUCUUGAUCCAUCGGAUGCCUUUAGUCAUUCACUUUAUCUACCGACACCGUCUCGCAAAUGGAGAUUCGACACCCGACGAUGCCAAUCUGAUCCUUCGAGAAUCGGGCUCCUCCAUUGCUCUUUGUUCAGAGGCUGCUCGGGAUACAUUGAGGCUCGUUAAUAAUCUCCCAUGGGGUGACAUAGCAUGGAUAUGGUCCCUUCUAUAUUACGUGUUUCUGGCUGUUCUGACCAUUUUCGUAAACAUUCUACGAGAUUCACGGUACCCUAACGCCAGGGAAGACAUCCAAUCACUCAACAUGGCCUCGACAUUCUUCGCCACGCUGAUCCCCGGCGACGGGCCCUCCAACUACGCUCGAUUCAUGACGCAAAUGAGCGCAAACUUUGAACGAAUAGCCAGAUCUGUCCUAGAACGAGAUCAAAAGGCAACCAAACUCAGCGAAAGAACGACUUCUCGUGCAUCAGUGACCAGAACAGAAGGCCACGAUCUCACACCAGAAGAGCAACAAAGCCAGCGACACCAACCGGCAGAGGCGCCAAAAUCAUCUUCUUCAUCUCCUCCCGUCCACUCGCCCUCGAUCAUCGAUAUUCCCCAUCUCCCCGGUCUUCCCCGCAUCAACUCUUCCGGCUACGUAGUCCCCGACAGCAGCCCCCCAGCGUCCGAUGACCUCCAACACUUGAUUCCUAAUUAUUCACUCGAAAACACCCGUCAAAACGCCGCAGCCUCAGCUGAAUCAUCCGUUUCUCCUCAAGCAUCCGACAAUCACAAUCCCACCUAUCCCUUCGACCCUUUCUUCCCAAUUCCUGUAGCCAACCACAUCCCUCAACCCGAUUUCUGGCAAACCAUUCCGGCAAUGGACUGGGGACUCACCAAUUCAAAUCAGUUCAGUGAUGAUUCCUACAUACAAGGUCUCUUUCAAGGAACGGCGCCGUCGUUGACAGCAACAGCAACCACAGCGACGUCGAGCAAUGUACCUUCAGCUCCCCUUAACAUGGGAUUCGCUUUUGAAACCUCGAGCCAAUUUGCUCAGGAUCAGGGGCCGAGUCAGACUGUCUGGCCUGGGGGAGGGUUCACCAACCCAUACCCUUAA